GGGGUCAGACAGCCUCUGAGGGCCACCGGAAGCCGCGCCCCGCGGCGGAGCGCGCCUGCCAUGGCUGAGCCCCGGUGCUCCGGCCCCGCUGCCCUGCGCUUAGCUGCCGCCGCCAGCUGGAGGGCCGUGCGCGGACGCUACGUGGAAUACUUUCCGCGAGUGUUGGAGUUUCUGCGGUCCCUGCGCGCUGCUGCUCCCGGCUUGGUUCGCUACCGCCACCACGAGCGCCUGUGCAUGGGCCUAAAGGCCAAGGUGGUGGUGGACCUGAUCCUCCAGGGCCGGCGUUGGGCCCACGUUCUGAAUUCCUUGUAUCUCCACUUUCCAGUGUCUGGACCUACUGUAGUGCGGGACCCCAAAGCUACAGAACAGGAUCUGAAGAUCAUCUCCGAGGCACAGGAAGCCUUUCGCCAGCAGGUGAAGCUGCUGGCAGAGGCCCCUGAGGAUUUGGAUUGGAAGUUGCUGGAACUUGAACAAGAGUAUGGGGAGCCCUUUCUAGCUGCCAUGGAAAAGCUAUUUUUUGAAUACUUGUGUCGGCUGGAAAACGCACUGCCUACCCCCCACACAGAGCAGCUUCAGGAUGUGCUGAGCUGGAUGCAGCCUGGGAUUUCUAUCACAUCUUCUUUUGCUUUGAGCCAAUAUAGUGUGGACAUGGGGUGGCCACUUCCAGAGUGCUCUGUGACUAAUUCAAUGAACAUGUCAGAGUCCAUGGAGCCCAGUCCUCCUCAGCAACCAAGAUCAGCACUCCAUCAACCUGUGCCAAAAAGCAACUCCGGCCCACACCUUCCUCAGAGACCAGCCUCAAGAAAGCACCCAGAACCUUUGGCUGGCCACCACUUCAAUUUGGCCCCUCUAGGCCAUCGAAAAACCCAGGCCCAGUGGGCAUCCACGAGGGUAGGCCAUAAAGAGCACCCCACAGUCAUGCUAUUCCCCUUUAGGAAUCUGAGUUCACCAACCUAGGUCAUAUAUCAACAGAACAGGAAAGAACAAGGGACACACACAGCAGUUCCAGCAGGUGAUGUGGGCACGAAAGCAGCCUCUACCGGAAAGUCUCGGAGUCCAUCCCAGACCCUGGGUGGAAGGACUGUGAAGGAGAACCCAGCUGACUUGUCCGCCUCGGAGCAAAAGGCGAAUUGCGGGGACUGCUCCAUGGAGCCCCGGAGAUUAAGAGUCCUUAAUUCUGGUUUCCUUCUUGCAGUGUGUCCUCCAUCUCUGUGCAGCCCUGUCAUGACCAGAGGGGACUUGGUUUUGGACUCUGAUGAGGAGGAAAAUGGCCAGAGGGGUGGAAUGGAGUCUCUGGAAAACUAUGAGAAGACAAAGUUUGACACACUAGUUCCCACCUUCUGUGAAUACCUCCCCUCUCAAAGUCCCAGUGCCAUGUCUGCCCCUUCCCAUGACCACGUAGACUCUUCUGAUAGGACCAGAAUGCCAUCUCAUCUUGCCUGUCUCCUUCCUCCUCACCUCUGCAGGCCAUUUGGUGGGGAUAAAGUGGAAGCCCAGCCUUGGGUUGCUUGACUCUGUGGUCCAAAUUACUUUGUAAUGCUUGAUCAUUAAACUUUGGAUUUGUUAAAA